ACUGGAAUAUUGUUUCCGUCGCAAACUGCCAAGCAACCAGUGUGCCGCCUUAAUUCACCUGUGCGUGCCGUGCGUGUAUUCAUUGUACUAUCUGUAUAUAUUUAAAGGAUACAGCUGUCGUCGUCGUUUUGCGUUCACAGAUUGACUGACACAGUCGUUUCCCAAUCCCGGCAGAGGCUGGUGAUCAGUUCCUUCCGAUAUCUAUUAAUUAUGCUUUAAAGUUUCUGCAAAUUAUUUUAAUAAAUUAAUUCGUCAAUGGAGAUGGAGAAUUUAUAUCUUGAUUACAUUUUGGUGCCGAUCGCCCUGCUGCUCAUGCUCGUCUAUCAUGUAUGGCUCCUCCGCCAGAUCAUCCGCCGCCCCGCCGCCACUCUCAUCGGCGUCAACGCCAUCAACCGCCGAAUCUGGGUUCGCGCCAUGAUGCAGGACACGUCCAAGUUCGGAGUUCUGGCGGUCCAGACGCUCCGCAACAACAUAAUGGCGUCGACGGUGCUGGCAUCGACGGCGAUCAUGCUGAGCUCGGUGAUCGCGGUGCUAAUGACGGGCGGCCGCGGCAGAGCGGAGCUGCCAUUUCAGAGCAGCAAGCUAGGAAUAGGAUUUUCCAUAAAACUGUUCUCAAUCCUGGUGUGCUUCCUGGUGGCGUUCCUGCUGAACGUGCAGUCCAUCAGGUACUACAGCCACGCCAGCAUUCUGAUAAACGUGCCAUCGCCGAGCAGGAUGAACAGCAGCAGGGAGGAGAAGAAGAAGAAGGACCAGAAAACCAUGACGGCGGAGAAUGUGGCGAGGAUAGUGAAUCGAGGGAGCUAUUUCUGGUCCUUGGGGCUGCGGGCAUUCUACCUCUCGCUCCCCUUGUUCAUGUGGAUAUUUGGAGCCGUGGCAAUGGCCUCAAGCUGCUUCAUCCUUGUUUUCGCGCUUUAUUUUCUGGAUGUCAGCAGCUUUCAUUGCAGUGGAGAUGAAGAAGAAGAAGAAGAAGGCGAUGAGGAGAAAGCAGAUCAUGAUCGGGUGGUGGUCAUUACUCAUUAGAGUAAGUCUUGUUGGAUGAUAUACAUGCAUACACAUUAUAAAUAUUGCCAUUAUAUAUAGAAUAAAAUACCUACACUCAAUCCAAGUUGAGUUGGGCUCCUGAUAUAUAUAUUUGAUAAGAGUGAGGACUUGGACAUGUCACUCAAAUGUCUACUACAAGAGCUUUUUCUUUGCUUUUCAUUC